AUGAUUCGGUCUCUUCACGUCGCCGCCACAGCGCUCAGCAACCGAAGCGCCUACCUCCAACAGCAGAUGAAGGCGACCCCCGCCAUCCCAUACUCCCAUACGAGCUGGCUGGAUGCGGUGGCAAGCACGAUGCUGUUUGCUGACCACAAGCAUGAGGAGGUUGUGAAGUUGCUGCAGCAGACUCAUAGCGAAGAGCUGAUGGCAGCCAAGAUCGGCCACGAGGAAUCGGUUAAUGCAACAUCGGCAGUCAAGGCGGAGGCAGAGACUGCGCGAGUCCAGCAGCGCGAGGCGGCGGAGGAAGCAAGCCGCUUAACGAAUCAACUCGCCGCCAAGGAAGCGCAGCUGGGCGAGCUGCGGACCGCCAAUGCCAAGAUUGCCGAUGACCUACGUGUUAAGGGGGAAGAGCAUCUCAAGGUCAUCAAUGACCUUGAGAGGGAAAAGGAGGAACUGGACGGUGCAGCGCAGGACCUUGUUGAGCGCGGAGAGCAGUUGCAUCAGCAGGUUGAAAACUUGAAGGGCAACAAUCGAGACCUGCUGGAGCAGAAUAGGGAGCUCCUUCUCCGGACUAUAGAGUCCGAUCUCGACCUCCACCAGGCUCGAGACAGAGUGGGCAACCUUGAGCGCCAGGUAGCGGAUUUGGAGGCAGACAUCACCACAGCGUAUUAUUGA